GCUUGUUUUUAUUUCAGACUGGGUACGUUGCGUUACAAUUGAUGUAACAUAUUUUUACUUUUUCUUAUUAACUUAUGUUCUUAUUUUGCUGCAGAUUUAAAAUAAUGACUGCUGAAUUGAAAUAGUAAUAUUAGCGGAACCGGAUGUUACGCGUAACCUUCGAAAAAGUCCAUUUGAAUGGUUACAUUUUGUUGUUUUAUUUCAGAUGCGUCUCGUGUUCAGUUUGGCUCUGGUCGCGUCGUCGCAAGCGUUUUUCCUGAAAUGGGGCUCGGAUUCCAAUAGACAAGCGGUGGCGCAGAAAACGUGGAUGCAGCCACUGUCGCCGAUGUCUCCGGCGUACCGGUACCAGUACUCGUACUCGCCGUACGAGGCGCGCAAGGUGUAUCAGAUGCAGCCACCGCAGUACGCGCAGCCGGACCCGCCGGAGGUGGCCGUGCAGCAGAGCAUCGCCCCGAUCCCCAUCAGCGUGCCGGCGGGGGCGCGACUGACCCCCGUGUCGCUGCAGCACGUUCAGCUCGUGCCCUGCAUGUGCCCCGUGGCCCCCGAAGAGGCCGAGAAACUUCAGGAGCAAGUCGGUCCCGGCCCCUACCUCGCUCAAACAACCUACACUCAACAAUCAUACUCCGUCCCCCAGCAAAUAACAGUCGCCGCCCCCGACAACUCUAAAACUACCCCCCAAACGCAGUAG